UGCUGCUGCUGCUGCUGCGUGCGCAACCAUGACCCUGAACUGUAACAGCCACGAGGCGGACCGCGAGCCCAAGGUAGCGGCGGCGUCCGCCAUUUCAAGCUCAAAACCAACCGUCGGCGCCGGGUGUCCGGACAAGGCAGCGCCGAAGGGGAUCGGACUGCUCGCUUCUGUCCUGGGACACCUGCUCAAGUUGUGGCCUGUCUGCUUAGUGGUCCGGGCGCUGCGCAGCCUGUCCUGGCUCUCCAGGCCCGCGGGGGGCGGGGUCGCCGCGGAGACGAGCUCCCCGUCGCCGGGGCGCUUCUGCCGCAGCGGGAGGAAGCGGCUGCGGCGCAUCACCCGCCUGCUGCUGGCCUUCACGCCCCUCAGGCUGCAGAGCGCGCUGGGCUACCCCGUCUGCACCAGCAUCGGCUGCUCCGUCUCGGAAGAGGUGCGCAGCUCUCCCACCAAGCCGUGCGGCAAGGGCUGCAAGCGGAAGCAGGAAGACGUGGAGGAGGAGGAGCAGCAGUCCUGGGUGGAGGCGCUGACCCAGGAGCUGGGGGAGGACGACAGCCAGGCUGACCCCGACUACGAGCCGAGCAGCCAAGGGGAGACGGACAGUGAGGAGAACCGCACGCACAACGACACGGAGAGCGACAUCGAGGUGGAGACGUGCGAGGGCGUCACCAUGAUCAAAGAGCUCCCUCAGGGUGGCCCGGCUGAGGGAGAGCAGAAACCAGUGCAGUGCUGAUCAGUGUGCAAAGAGGACCAGUCCUGGUGAGGAGCAUCACAGCACUG